AUUGCGUCGUAGCUUACAAGUAUCCUUCAUUUUACUCUUCUCUCCAGACCCUUCACGUUUAACAACGAUUAAUCAUGAGUGUCGAAAUGGAAACUUGCCCGGCGUCUGCGCCUUUCUUUGGGUUUAUGGGAGUGACUUCCGCCCUGGUGUUUGCCAAUAUUGGCGCCGCGUACGGAACAGCCAAGUCCGGAGUCGGUAUUUCCUCCAUGGGUGUGAUGAACCCGGGUCUGGUCAUGCGUAACAUCAUUCCCGUAGUCAUGGCGGGAGUUCUGGGAAUCUACGGGCUCAUUGUGGCCGUGAUUAUUCAGGGUUCCAUUGUAUCUCCGCAAAACGGACUUUCUCAGUACUCGCUAUACACCGGCUUUGCACAUUUGGCGGCUGGCCUAUGCUGCGGUCUUUCCGGUCUGGCGGCUGGUAUGGCCAUUGGUAUUGUAGGAGACGCCGGUGUCCGUGCGGUGGGUCAGCAAGAAAAGCUCUUUGUCGGUAUGAUUCUUAUCCUAAUUUUCGCCGAAGCCCUCGGUCUUUACGGUUUAAUUGUGGCCUUGAUCUUGUCGCAGAACUCGUUCGUGUGCGAGGGGAACAACUAACUGUAAUUUUGCCUUUGCGGGAAGCGAGCUAUUGACACUGGGUGAAUACGCGCAGCUUCUCUGCUUGCGCUACGGUGCUAGUAAACUGUUCGGAACUAGUUUGAUAACAGGUGUAACCUAGGACCAACCGAGAGUGUUUAAACGG